UGCUCCACACCAGUUGUUCUCCACACGUCUUCCACUCAUCACAAACUGAGGCCAGGAAGAAGACAGUCACAUACAGUCGAACACACGUUCCAGACAUAGGACCGAAGACCACAAAGUGAAGACCAGUUCCAGGGGAAGCAGGGAUCUUUGCCCCUUACAUUUAGACCACAGCGUUGUCCAGUAUGGAGCUUUUCGAGACCAACGCUUACUUCUUUCCUGACCAGCGCUUCUAUGAAGGAGGGGACAGCUACUUCCCCUCUCGACUGCCUGGGGCGUAUGACCAAACCGGCUACCAGGACAGGAACUCCAUGAUGGGCUUGUGUGGGAAUCUGUCUGGGGGUGUUGGAGUUGGGGUGACAGGUACAGAAGACAAAGCCUCUCCAUCCAGCCUGUCCCCUCACUCUGAGCCUCACUGCCCAGGUCAGUGCCUGCCUUGGGCCUGUAAACUGUGUAAAAGGAAGACAGUGACCAUGGACCGUCGCAGAGCUGCCACACUGAGGGAGAAGAGACGCCUGAAGAAGGUGAACGAGGCCUUCGAUGCUCUGAAGAGGAGCACCCUGAUGAACCCCAACCAGAGGCUGCCGAAGGUGGAGAUCUUGCGGAGCGCCAUUCAGUACAUCGAAAGGCUGCAGGCUCUGGUGUCCUCCCUUAACCAGCAGGACACUGAGACGGGACAAGGACUGCACUACCGACCCACUGCAGGCCAGCCUAGAGUGUCGUCGUCAAGCGAGCCCAGUUCGGGCAGCACCUGCUGCAGUAGCCCAGAGUGGAGCAGCACUCCAGAGCAGUGCACGCAGAGCUACAGCAGCGAGGAGCUCCUGAGUGCUGCUGAAUCUCCAGAGCAUGGGAACAUGCAUGCCUUAACCUCCAUUGUGGACGGCAUCUCUCCGGCUAACGGACCUAUGGCCUUUCCUGUGGACAUUCCCAAAUAGACCCUCCAGUCAGCAGGCCCAUAGGUGCACAGAGAGCUCUGAGAGAAAAAACACAAUUGGCGAUAGUGCGGACAACCAAUCCUGAAUUUUGUUAAUUAACUGACUUUGUGCGUCUAUUGACCUGUGUCUUAUACUAAAUUUUAUGAUUGAACAGUAUUUUAGUAUUGAUCUAAGGGCUUGCUAACCAAAAUGAAUUCCUCCUGUUCACAAUGAGGCCUUAUUCCCUUUGUUAGCUGCCUUAUCCCGUGGUCCAGAAUGGUCUGUCAAAGACACAGGAGCUUAAUCUAACUAGAUAUUUAAGGACUUUGCUGCAUGACCCCAACAACUAGUUUCUAGAGUGGAUCUCUAUUAGGCUUGCGUCCAGAACGAUAGAGCCACAGAGGAAAGACAAAGCCUGUUUUUUUUCCUUACUUAAUUUAAGUGUUCCUCUUUUCAAAAUCUUUCCCUGAUCUUUCAUUCUUUUUUGUGUGAGUUUCAAUGCUUAAAAACCAUGAGUUUAUUUGUGGGGCCAAUAUGUACCGUGGCAGUUUUGACCAAGAUCUGCUUAAUUUAAACUGGUUAUGAAAGCUAGUGAUGUAAAUACGUUCCCUUUUUCUACAGAGUGGUUUUGCCAUUUUAUUUUUUAUUUCUUUGCUAACUUAUUUUUGACUUUUAUAACUAAGAUUGUUGUGUAUUUGUAGAUGUUCUGAAAAGUGAUAUUUUCUGUUUAAUUCUUGCAAUAAAUACCAUUUUCGAUA